AUGGCAUUUUUGUUCCUACUGGCCUCCAUCUUUGGAGCGCUGCUUCUCUACAUUUUCGGAGUUAUCGUCUACCGCCUAACCUUCCAUCCCCUCGCAUCUUAUCCAGGUCCUUUCCUUGCAAAGAUUACCGAUAUCUAUCUAGCAUACUAUGCCUACAAAGGCUCCCGGCAUCUCGCUUUCCACCGCGCGCACGAGCAGUAUGGACCUUACGUGCGACUUGGACCUAACUUACUUUCCGUCAACACGGCCACCGGCCUCAAAACUAUCUAUGGUUUCCGAUCAAACGUCAAGAAGGCAUCUUUUUACCAUGCGUUUCCCAGCACACCAAAGGCGGUUAGCGUGCAUAGCGCCGUUGACAAGAUGCAACAUGCGCGCAAGAGGCGGGUUAUGAGCCACGCGUUUAGCGACUCCGCGAUCAAGAGUCUCGAGAAGUAUAUUCUGGCGAACGUACGUGUUGGGUGCGAACUGCUCGGACGCAAGAGCAACAACUGGUCUGCCGAGAAGAGCUUAGCCAACGAGAAAGAUGGUGGCUGGAGCGACGCAUGGAACGCUGCGCACUGGUGUGAGUGGUUGGUUUUCGACAUCAUGGGUGAUUUGGUAUUUGGCAAGGCGUUCGGCAUGUUGGAAAGCCCAGUCAACCGGUUUGCAACACAGCUGGUAGGCAAUGCGGCACACCGACAUCUUAUCUGUGGAACGCACCUCACUAUCCACAACUGGCAUCUGGACAAGCUCUUCUUCCGUAAGAUCGCAGGCCAGCGAGCGCAGUACAUGCAGUACAGCAAGGGUCAAGCCAUGGAGCGAACGAAGUUGGGCGUAGACGUUGAUCGCAAGGACUUUUUCUACUACCUUCUGAACGCAAAGGAUCCGGAAACUGGCAAGGGCUUUAGCAUGGAUGAGUUGUGGGGCGAGUCGAAUCUGUUGAUCAUCGCUGGUUCUGAUACGACUUCAACGGCCCUGUCCGGUGCCUUAUUCUACCUCGCACACAACCCUGCGGCGAUGCAAAAGGUCUGCAAGGAGAUCCGGGAAGCCUUUACUGAUGUUGAGGAGAUCGUGACUGGACCCAAGCUGAGCGGCUGCUCAUUCCUUCGUGCCUGCAUUGACGAGACUAUGCGUAUGACGCCCCCAGUCGCCGGUGCUCUCCCACGAGAAGUCCUGCCUGGUGGUAUGGACAUUGACGGUCAUCAUAUCCCCGCCGGUAUCGACGUGGGCGUACCGAUCUACGCCAUCCAUCACAACGCAGAUUACUUCCCCCAACCUUUCGACUACAUCCCUGAGCGAUGGCUCUCUGAUCCGUCUGCAAACCCACUUCAUAGCAGUCUUCAGGCAGCGCAGUCGGCGUACAACCCGUUCAGCAUCGGUCCCCGUGGAUGCAUUGGCAAGGGUCUGGCGUAUGUUGAGCUAACGGUAACAAUAGCAAGAGUGCUGUACCUGUACGAUUUGAGAUUAGCGCCGGGCACGAACUUGGGUGCCGGAAGCAAGGAUUUGGAAUUCGGAAGGACCAGGGAGUCUGAAUAUCAGAUCCAGGAUGUAUUCGCGAGCAAAAAAGACGGGCCAGUCUUGCAGUUCAGGGCUAGACAAUAG